UAUGACCGCUACGUGGCCAUCUGCAAGCCCCUACAUUACACCAUCAUCAUGAACAGACAGAGGUGUAACAGGAUCCUCAUAGCUUGUUGUGCUGGGGGAUUUAUUCAUUCUGCCAGUCAGUUCCUUCUCACCAUCUUUUUACCGUUCUGUGGCCCCAAUGUGAUAGAUCACUAUUUCUGCGAUGUGUAUCCUUUGCUGAAAUUAGCUUGCACCGACACAUACAGAAUUGGUCUCCUGGUCAUUGUCAAUUCAGGUCUGAUUGCUUUGGUGACUUUUGUGAUUUUGGUGGUGUCUUAUUUUCUGAUAUUAUACACCAUCAGGGCUUACCCUGCAGAAAGCCGUACCAAAGCUCUUUCCACUUGCAGUUCUCACCUCACAGUUGUGGUCCUCUUUUUUGUACCUGCCCUCUUCAUUUACAUCAGACCAGCUACAACUUUUCCAGAAGAUAAAGUGUUUGCUCUUUUCUACACCAUCAUUGCUCCCAUGUUUAACCCUCUAAUCUACACACUCAGAAACAUGGAGAUGAAGAAUGCUUUGAGGAAAGUGUGGU